UUGCAAGUUCGCGAGAGAUGCGGAGUGGCUUCAGAUCCAGUAUAUUCGACCCUGUGCUAGUCGUAGCUCAGAUUGUGAGUCUCUUCUGCUUCCACUGCGUGGCUCUGGGCGGCUGGCUGCUGUUGGCGAACCUCGUCGGCGGCACAAGCACCACCAUCGACCAGCUAUUCGACUACCACGUACGUGAGCUCCGUCCUCUAGACCGGUGUGUAGGACAUGGAUACACGUUGUUAAAGUUAACACGUGGUGGGUUUUAGCUAGGUAUCGUAUGAGCACACUGGUCGGUUCAAAGGAGAGUUUGCGAGCUGACUCUAAUUAGUGCGCCCCACCGAGCUUUCUCACUCGGUGCAGGGGCCAGAAAGUGUGCAAGAGCGAGUCCGUGCCGCUCUCCAGGGCCUCCUGGCAUCAGAACUAGCCAGUCAGGUAGUGAGGCUCACACACUGCUGCCCUGGGAAACAGACUGUGGAAUGAGUUUGAAGGAACAUACGAUGGGUGGCUGGUGAUGGGAGCUGUCAGCCUCAAUUCAUUCACCACAGCACUUAUAAUGUGGAAGAUUGUAAGAAGAGCAAAACAGUGUCUGGACUUUGCGGUGACUCUGAUGCUGGUGUUCCUACUGGUGUGCCUGGUGUAUGGAGGACUCCCCUGGCUCCUGUCUUGGUGGCUCACACAUCUUGCAUCCACUGGCAUCACUGCACUCACUGCAGAGUACCUCUGUAUGAGGACUGAACUGGCUGCAAUCCCUCUCAGUGCUGGCAGCCUCGCCAGAACUUGACAACACACCAAAAUCCUCUCAUUUUACCUCAUUUCUCUCAACCUCAUCACACCGUUCUUUUAGCUCCUAUGACCGUUGACCUUCCGGUACGAUACUCGCAUU